UCUAAGUGGAGUUUUAUCUUGGAGUUGCUAUCUACAUUAACGCCGAUAACAGAACCAGAAAAGCCGCACUUUGUAGUCAGGACACAAGCUGUCACUUGCUUCAAAAUUUCUCCUUUCCUGAUAAGAAGUCCAAAAUGAAACUCAUAACGACCGGAAACUGUUGCUUUUGCUUUAGUCUGAGGACUGGUUCCCUCAUUUUAGGAUGGUUACAGCUGUUGGCAGCAAUAAUCACAAUUAUUGGAAAUAUAAUUAUUAAAACACAAGAUGAUGGAAGCAGUCAAAACACUGCCAACAGCGCACUCUUUAAUACAAACUCAUUUUGGCCCAAUAUCGUAGUAGCUUUGAUUCAGCUGGCGAUGGCUGUGUGUUUACUAUAUGGAAUAUAUGCAGAACGGAAAAAUUAUGUCCUCUACUACGUUUACUUCCAGUUCACUAUCAUUGUCCUGAGCAUAAUCAUCUUUAUUGUUCUCCUGGCAACAUCUUCGGUGGAUAGCGUUAUUGUUUCAAUCAUUACGUAUUUGAUAUCUUGGCUGUUGCAGGCGUACUUCGCGAUCGUCGUGUACAGCUUGUACAGAGAGAUGGGAGGUGACAACUAGUGGAGAAACUUACCAUCAAGAUCCUCACAUACUCUACAUUUUCCUUAGCAUAAACCAUCUUAAUUACUUUAGGAACUUAAUCGUUUUUAUUAUGGUUUCUAUGUUUUUUAUGUAUUUUAAAUUUAAUUUAUGUUAAGAUUUGUAAGACUUGUUGAAAUUAAAUCUUAAAUUAUUGUUUCGUA